AUUAUACUUAUUACAAGCUGCAGCUGCUAAACAUAGAUGUAACACUGCCACCUAGUGACAAGUUGUGCUUAGUGUAUAUUGUAAUGAUAGACCUACAAAGAAUAUUAUGAUGACUGUACUGGAGAAGAUCAGUGUAAUCACUGCAUUUAUAGGCCUUUGUUAGAGAUUAUAGGAGGAAGAAGAGUUUUCUAAAUAGUCCUUCAAAUCAGGGUUAUUAUAGUAAACGAAAAUAAGCAGUGAAAAAUAUUUUUUAAACUGAAAUUAAAUUUAAAAAAAACUAUAUCCUUUACGAAAAAGUAAACCCAAACUAUAUUUCCUGUUUAAAAACUAAUACAAAAUAAAAUAAAGAUGAAUGUAAAUUAAUUUCUGUUUUAAUUAGUAGUUAGAGCUAAAAACUAACUUGAAUUAUUGGGACACAAGUUUAAUUCAACACAUUUCAAUUGACCAUCUAUCCCAUCAUAACUAAAAAGAAAAGAAUGAAGACAUCUUUUAAUCAUAUUUGCUCCAUUUCUACUUACUGCUGCUUUAAGUAAAGGAUCUGAAUACACCUCUGGUUUAGUGAAAUGAUAAAAUGAUCACUUCAUCACCUUUACUCUUGUUGCAUUUAGCAGUUUUCCACCAACACCCGUUUUCCUCGCUCGACCUGCCUGGCAGCUCUGGCCACGCCUCACCUCACCUCUCCCUGCUCUCACCUGAGACACCAGUUUCCUCCUGUCAGUCCAGGCAAGCCUUACCUCUUUAUACACGUCUGCAUCUUUCUCUUCCACUGUUCUGCUUCGACAUCUCUGAGUAAGCAGUGUCAGGAUGAGUGCUAAACUGUGGACAGAGGAGCAGUUUAACUGCCCCGUGUGUCUGGAUCUCCCUAAUGAUCCGGUCACCAUCCCCUGUGGGCACAGCUACUGCAUGGCCUGCAUCAAGGACUACUGGAGCAAGGACGACCCCAAGGGGAUCUACAGCUGCCCCCAGUGCCGCCAGACCUUCUGCCCCAAGCCCACCCUGUGCAGGAACACCAUGCUGGCCGAGGCCGUGGAGCAGCUCCGCAAAGGGGCCAGCAAAUCUGAUGUACGUGAGUCCAUGAGAAGCGCCCGUGGUGUCACAGCCUCCACUGCAUCCAAACCCAAAGCGAAGCUCUCCUCCACGGCGGUGCCUUGCGACAUGUGCAAAGGAGAGCAGAAAGCGGCGGUCAAGAGCUGCCUGGUGUGCAUGAGCUCAUUCUGCGACGCCCACCUGAAGCCCCACAAGACCAAGAAGGCCCUGAAGCAGCAUGAGCUCAUCUCGCCCACGAGCAACCUGGCCGAGAAGAUCUGCACCGAGCACAAGUACCUGCAGGAGUUCUUCUGUCGCCAGUGUCAGAUGUUCGUCUGCUGGCUGUGCACCAGCAACCUGCACAAAGGUCACGAGUGUGUGUCCACCAAGGCUGAGCGCCUGGAGAAGCAGAAAGUGCUGUCGGGGCUGCAGACAGAGAACCAGCAGAGGCUGAAAGACCGAGAGCAGGAGCUGAAAGACAUGAAGAAGAUGAUGGAGGGGAUGAAGCGUUCUGCAGACCAGACGCAAGACGACACGGAGCAGGUGCUGCAGGAGUUGCAGCGCUCUGUGGAGCGUCUGCAGGAGCUGCUGGAGGAGCUGCUGGAUCAGGCCAGACUAGAGAAGAUGGGCCACGCUCAGGAGGUCACCGACAACCUGGAGGCCGAGGUCAAGGAGCUGAGGAAGAGGGAUACGGAGAUGAAGGACCUGGCCCGCUGCGAGGACCACAUCCACUACCUGCAGACAUGCGAGUCCUUGUGCAGCCCCCUGGAGUCGGGUGACCUUCCCACUGUGGUGGUCAACCCAGAAGCUUCCUUUGAGCCUGCACGAGAAUCCAUCCUAGACCUCAGGGAUCGAGUCGAGGAGCUGUGCAACCAGGAGCUGAGCAAGAUCACCAAACAAGUCAACGACACGACUCUGUUCACAUUGAAAGAUUCCAGCCGGGGUGCAGGACAGAAAGGAGGGCUUUUAAAAUUGUUUGGUCUGGGUUCUCGCAAUACAAACAACCGUUCACCAGCUAAUACGCCCUCGGUGGGAGCGCGGAGUACAGACAGACGAGGACCUGGUAUAGGCGUCAGGGGUCAAGACGUGAGGAGUAGAGACACGCCAAGAGCAGACAGAAGUAACACAAGCUCACCAAGACCACGGGAGCGGGAGCGGGACCAGGAGAGGGACCGGGACAGACAGAGGAAAGAGGAAAGAGAGUCAGUGAGGGAGACCAAUCUGAGGCCGAGUCCCAGAGCCAGUCCCAACCCCAGCCGCAGAGAGUCUCAGUCUCCUUGGAGCAGGUCCAGUCAGAUCCAGGCCGUCCCUGCUGCGGUACCAAGCCCGACUCGGAGCCCAGCCACUCUGGCUCCAGCCCCAGUCCCAGCCCCAGCUCCAGCUCCAGCUCCAGCUCCAGCUCAAGCAUCACCCGGAGGGUCAGGUUUCAGUCGGAUGUCGUCGAUCAGCAGCCUCUUCCGCUCCCAUCGGCGCGGCACCACCGCGGCUACCCCGAUUGCCGAGACUAAUAACCCAUUCCUUUCACCUGAAUAUGGACAAGUUAACCCCGGCCUCUUCUUGGACUUGCCCACCACCGGCACCAUGAAUCACACUCCUGCUUUCCCUGCACUGAGAGAAAUCAACCUUGACAGCAUCCAGGCACCGGAACCGAGGACCAGAGAGGAGUUCCUGCAGUACGCGGUGAGCUUGAUCCUUGACCCCAACACGGCCCACCGCCGGCUGGCCCUCUCCGAAGGCAACACCAAGGCCACGCUGCAGGCGGCGGGGCAGCCCUACCCCGACACUCCCCAGCGCUUCGACGGCUGGACCCAGGUGAUGUGCGACAGCCCGCUGUACGCCCAGCGCUGCUACUGGGAGGCGGAGUGGCGAGGCCGGGGCUCCUCUAUGGGCGUCGUCUACGGGGCGCUGACCAGGAAGGGAGCGGACGCCCGCUCGGGGCUCGGCUACAACGCCCAGUCCUGGACCCUGGAGCUGUCGGACACCUGCUGCUCGGCCAUGCACGACAACGAGAAGAAGGACAUACCGGUCACCUACUCCCCCCGCCUGGGCAUCUACCUGGACCUGUCCAUCGGGAUGCUGGCGUUCUACAGCGUGGCGGAGAGCAUGACACACCUACACACCUUCCGCGCCAACUUCACCCAGCCGCUUUACGCCGCCUUCGGGGUGGGCAGCGGGGUCGGGGUGGGUCUGGACUUCGCCCUCGGCCAGUUCAGCUCCAGCUCUGACAGCAUCAAGAUCUGUCCAAUGUGAGCACGCCGGCUGCUACCGGCACGCCAUCAGAACAACAAGUUUGACUUUCUGCACAAGUUCUUCCACCAAGUAUGAGUAAUAACAAACCAGAGGGUGAGUCAGUGGCUUUGUUUCCAUUGCUUUAUUUUAAAAAAGAGGCAACUGAAUAAUAGCCAUGAGUAGUUUACAGAGGAUCAUGAUCUUAGAGGGAAGAAGUGACAGGACGUUUUUUAUUUUAGCCAAAGAAAGACACAAACCGGAACCUCCUGUUUUACUGGAAAACAGUGGAUAUGACAACAAAUCUAAAAGAUAUGAACAGUCUGGGUGUGCCUUCUUUCCUCUUCUCUCCACUCCUACAAACACACGAAACAUUAAACAAGUUUCUUUUAGUUAAAUAUGUUAUAUAACUAAUGCAUCACACUUGAAAAAUAAAACGUUUGGCUUAAUUUGGAUUCCUUUCUGUAGGCCUCUACAUGUGGAAAGCAAAAAAAAAAAUACUGCUACAUAUAUUAAAAUAAGUUAGCCGACAUGGUUACAACAGGUAUGCUGAAUUCUUAAUAUGUUAGAAUCUGUAUACGUCAGAUAGUGGUGUCACUAAAACAUAAAAAGUGCAGUAGCUGAGUGGGAAGUCUGGUUGGAUUGAUGGAUGUUAGGGACAACAGGGGGUCAAGCACAAAGCUCUAUGAUAUUAUAGAAUAUAAAGUAGUAAUUAGGAUGAACUUUCAUAUGCUUUCCUACAGAAAUACUCCCACCUGCUGGCCAGUGUGUGAACCGCAUAUGUGAGACCAAUUUUAAACAAACGUGAUAUACAACUAAAACGAUGUGUUAACAGACUAAGGCCUGAGAUAAGGAACAAUCAAAUUUAUCUUUUUUAAAGGCCC